CGUCGCUUUCCCACACAGUAGGCGCACGCAGUGAGCGUGAAAAUGAAGACAACGCACAAUCUGCUCGAAGGAACGGUCUCCACUCGCCGUCCGCCUCACACCUCCGAGAACGGCCGCGGAGGUGAAGAAUUCGCCGAUGAGUCCAAGACCCGCAAACACAUGUCCAUCGCAAUUCGGAUCACAAAUUACUUGACUCGAACGGGCUACCUCUGGCCCAUUCUCGUCUCGGCUUUCGUAGUCGUCAUUAUCUAUUCUCUAGUUUCCCGCUCCCUCGAUUUUGUGCCAGCGUCCUCCUCCUCCGGCAUCUCGCGGCUCUUCUUCCCGGUCGAUGCAGUCGAAUCGGAUUUCGGAGCGCUCGGCGUUCCUUGGUGCAGAUCAAAACAUGGAAAAACUGUGGAAUGGACACCAAAGGAUUUGCUCCUUGGGCUUGAGGAAUUUGUGUCAAUCUACGAGACCCGGCCAAUCAAGAACAACAUGUAUGGCAUGGGUUUUGAUCACAGUUUUGGACUUUGGUUUAUCACAAGAUGGAUGAAACCAGAUUUGAUGAUUGAGAGUGGCGCCUUUAAGGGGCAUUCGACAUGGGUUUUGAGGCAAGCCAUGCCUGAUACACCUAUUUUGUCUAUUACACCUCGUCAUCCAGAGAAGUACCUGAAGAAGGGGCCUGCUUAUGUUGAUGGAAACUGCACUUACUUUGCUGGGAAAGACUUUGUCGACUUUGGGAGCAUGGACUGGGAACGAGUGUUGGGGAAGCAUGGGAUUCAAGAUCCUACACGUGUCCUUGUGUUCUUUGAUGACCAUCAAAAUGAACUUAAGAGAUUAAAGCAAGCAGUGAAAGCCGGCUUCAAACAUCUAGUUUUCGAGGACAAUUAUGAUACUGGAACUGGAGAUCAUUAUUCCUUAAGGCAAAUAUGUGAUCAACCGUACAUUAGAGGUGGUGGGCAUAGCUGCUUCAGAGACAGUGAUGAAGCCAGGAUAAGGUAUAGAAGGAGGAAAUUCUGGGAGAAAGCAGUUGAUACGGACGAGUUGUGUGGACCGGGAGAAGCAUGGUGGGGUGUGAGAGGAUACAUGCGCGACGACUUUAACCACAGCAACAAGGCAAUCACCUACGAUGAGCAUUUCCAAAAUAGCAGAUUUGUGGAGUCAGUGUUGGAUGUCUACUGGGAGGUGCCCCCAGUUGCUGGCCCUUCACUUACUCAUCAGACAAGAUAUGAACCCGCACGGGCGCCUAGCCCUAUUGUCAAAGAUGGUCGAUUUGCCUUGUUUCAACGGCUGGGCUUAACACGAUUCGAGCCCUCUGUGUUCAACGGGUACACUCAAAUGGUGUAUGUUCAGGUAUCUGAACUGGAAACAUAAUCCUUGCUACUUAUACCGCGCUUAUAUCUUAAUUUGUUUGUCUUAAUGCCUAUGUGGCUUAUAACUUGAGUUUGUCGAUACUUGCCCGAUCCGUCUCUCUUGAGAACUUUUUCAUUUUUGUUGUUUGUAACAGAUUAGUUUUCAGGCUAUGAAUACCUUCCACAAUAUAUUUGUUAUAGAAUCUCAGUGCCUUAGUAUUUAUUUGAACCUCUGGAAAUCGUAUAUUUGCUUGAUUUGUUUUA